AAAAAAAAUAAAUAAAAAUAAAAACAACACAAGGGAAAGGAUUACUCUCAUAACUGUUUAUAAAUUUAAUGGUUUACAUGAAUGGACUCGGCAAUGACCCUCUGUCUGCAAAAGAGGCAGAGGGGCCGCCAGUUCAAAUUGAGCCUGUUGACUUAAGUUUAAAAUCCAGUAGUUUACGUUCCUCUCGAAGCACGACAAUCUUCUCACGCCCAAAUGUAGUGAAUAAGAGGCCUCCCCCACCGCUCUUGGCAGCCCCGCACAUUCUCGCCUUACGACAAAAGUCGAAAGAUAUAUCGUCCUACAACUACAACAACAACAAUAACGUCCAGAAAUCGCCUCCACCGUCAUUGCAUGUGGCAAAUACGCUACUGCAGCGCGCAAUAAGCACCGUCGCAGCCAACACAUCACCGACAAACCUAAAUCUCAACAAUAACAAUCACUACUUAAUAAACUUAAAUGUCUUAGAAUCUCACACAAAAGGCCAGAAACUCUUAGCAACAAAUAAUCACCAUGCACAACAUCAUCAGCAUCCGCAGCAACAACAACAACUUACGUUAAGUAGCAAUAAUAAUAAUAACAAAUAUACGAAUAGUCCUAACAACAACAACAAUAACGAUGCCAGUAAUAAUAAUAACAAUAAUAGUAAAUUUAGCCAGUCUGCUGCAUUAUAUCUACAACAAAAACUCUACUCAGCUCUCUCGAAACCAACCACAUCAUUUACAAGUUCAACAUCGUUUCUGAACAACAACAACAAUAAUAACAACAACAACAUAAAUAAUAAAAAUGGCAAUGCAUUUAAAGCAAUGUUAGAUAGUAGCGCACUAAUAGCCGACCAGAAGAAUAGUAAUAAUAGCAGUAAGAAGCACAAAUGUGAUGGAUGUGAUAAGGUUUAUACCAAAAGUUCACAUCUCAAGGCACAUAAGAGAACGCAUACAGGUGAAAAACCCUACGUGUGCACUUGGGAAUCAUGUACCUGGCGUUUUGCAAGAUCUGACGAACUGACAAGACAUUUUCGAAAACAUACAGGGCUCAAACCAUUCCGUUGUAAAUUAUGUUCGCGAUCGUUUAGUCGCUCGGAUCACCUAAGUCUGCAUAUGAAAAGGCAUUAA